UGUCAGGUAAAGGAAUAAAAUAUUACCAUAGGGCGGCCGCAGUACCUUCCUUGCCGUAAAUUGCAAUAUUCUAUGCACGGAUGAUGGCAGCAGUAAAUGAUGGAGGAGGAGGAGGGGAAGCAGGGAAAGGAGAGUGAGGAGGAAGGGGAAGUGGGUGGGUGGGCGGGAAGGCGGCAGGGAGGGUCAGGUAGGGAGGAGGAGGGGGCUGGUGGGGCUGUCAUGGCGUCGUGUGGUGGUGGGGUGCCUGCUGAUAAGAAAGCCUCAGUGCCCUACGGGACUUCCAUGUGAGUGGGUGUGCUGCACGCGGGUUCCUGAAGGUUACUGAGUGAAGUCCACGCAGCCACGCGGACACACAAAGAGGUUUUCGCUGUGGACGCGAGAUCGAGGCUUUGAGAGAUUGCCCCGCGAGUGUUGAGGGAAGAAAAAGGCUGAACAGAGGAAGUCCCAGCAUCAGAGGAGAAUUGCGGGGAGUUGUGUUGGAAUUACAGCGAUUCUUAAAAGUUUUUCUCGCGCGCGUGUGCAAGUGCGGCGACGCGAAUCGGGUUCCUCUGCAGGGGACAACCACGACGGCGCUGCGAACAUUCCGACUCAGCGAAACUCGAGUGCCUUGACUGUCCGGCGGCGGUGAAUCGAUACACGAGACACGAAGGGAAGGUAAUUACAGAGAAAAGAAUAAGAAAAGGAAGGUAACCCACUGCAUACCGGUACAGAGAAAGAAGAAGGAAAGACGAACCCGGCAUAACGCUAGAUAAAUAAAAAGAGACAAACAGGAGAGAAAUCGAAAGAAGAGAUUUAGAGAAAGAUUACAGAGGAAAGAACUGAAAUAGGAAGCGAAACCAUUGCCAAAAGUUACAGAAAAAGGGAAGAAGGAAACAAGAACCCGGCAGAAAGUUACAUAAAUAAGAAAAAAAGACAGAGAAGGACAAAGAUCGAAGGACGAGAUAUAGUAUUCUGUACCUUAGCAAGAGGGACAGUUCCGUGACUUACUUAUUAACCAGGGUGCCGCGCCCCGGGGAUGCUGCCGCGACGUUGCUGAACACCGCCGGCGGGAUGCUGAGGGCGUGGGUGGCGGCGGUGGUGGCGGCGACGUGGGCGUGGCCGCCCCUCACCGCGGCCCAGGCGGGGGCGGGCGCGGCGUGCCCCAGCUGGGAGGACAACCCGCAGUGCAUCUGCUACACGCGGGGCGGCGUGGUGCUGGAGUGUCCCUCAGUGCCCCUCGCCGCCGUGGGCAAGGAGGUGACCCGCGUGCCCGGCCCCGUCGCCUUUCUCAGCCUCUAUAAUAUCGACCCCAACGUCACCACGCUGCCGCCGGGGCUGUUCGCGCGUAGCGCCGGCGUGGCCAGCCUGCAGGUGUCCCACUCCGCCGUGCGCGGCCUGGCCGACGAGAGCCUGGAGGGCCUCGAGACCUCGCUGGACCGCCUCACCGUCAGCCACUGUCAGCUGUCCGCCGUGCCGCAAGCUGCGCUCCUUAGGCUGCGCCAGCUGCGCCACCUCAGCCUCGAGGCCAACAACAUCACGGCCCUGCAGAGCUUCGCCUUCUCCAAGGUGAAGCUCCAGACGCUCAACCUCAAGGGCAACAUGAUCAGCCUCAUCUCAGACUAUGCCUUCGACGGCCUCGAGUCGUCCUUGGAGGAGCUGAACCUUGAGAACAAUGACCUUAAGGGCCUCCCCACGGACGCCCUCAAGAGUAUGGCCUCCCUCAGGACACUACGCGCCGCCUGGAAUCACAUCGCGGAGCUGGAGGUGCCGGCCGGCGUGUCGCUGCCCGCGCUGCGCGAGCUGGACCUGAGCAGCAACAGCGUCCGAAAGAUCAAAAGCAAGAGCGUGGCGGGCGCGCCGGGCCUCGUCUCUCUGUCGCUGUACAUGAACGCCAUCUCCAGCGUCUCCAAGAACGCCUUCAGGGAGAACCCGGCCCUGGAAACGCUCUUCCUGGGCAACAACGACAUCGAGCGGCUUGACGCCGAGACCUUCCGCCACAACCCCAGCAUCCAGAUCAUCGACCUCGGCAACAACAACCUGCACAACAUCGGCGGCGGCCUCUUCGCCGACCUGCCGCGCCUGCAGGAGCUGGUCCUCGCCUCCAACAACAUCCGCGAGGUGACGCGCAGCACCUUCUGGAACUCGUCCAGCCUCCGCGUCCUCAACCUGGAGCACAACGCCGUGCGCUUCAUCGAGGAGGACAGCUUCCGGGAGCUGCGGGACCUGGAGACGCUGCUGCUGAGCCACAACAACCUGCAGGAGGUGAGUCCGCGGCUGCUGGAGGCCAACGCCGCCCUGCAGGUGCUGAAGCUGGACCACAACAGACUGGCGACGCUGGACGAGGACGUCUUCGCCAACAACACGGCCCUCACGACGCUCUUCCUGCAGCACAACGAGCUGACGGCCGUCGGCAGAAUCACCUUCACGCGGCUGACGGAGCUACGCGAGCUGCACCUGGAGGAGAAUAGGAUCCAGGUGGUGGCCAUGGGCGCCUUCUUCGGCCUGACCCGCCUGGAGCAACUCACGCUGCAGGACAACGAGAUUGUGGCGCUGCCGGAGUCCCUCAGCCCAAACGGCGCCGCCCUCCGUCAGCUGCAUGUGUCCGGCAACCACCUGACGAGCCUCCACGCCCAGCUGCUGCGUGGCCAGGACAGCCUCGACCAGCUUUGGCUGGACGGGAACAACAUCUCAGUGCUGCUAGAGGGCGUGUUCGCGGACCAGCGGCGGACGCGGCAGCUACACCUCGAGGACAACCACAUCACGGCCAUCCAGGACAAUGUGUUCGCCAACAUGACGCAGCUGCGCAGACUCUUCCUGUCCCAUAACUUCAUCGAGGCCAUCCACCGCGACACGUUGACAGGCCUCUCCUCGCUGCUCGAGCUGCGCCUCGACCACAACAGCAUUGCCGAGAUCCAGAAGGACGCCUUCCGCGGCCUCGCGCGCCUCGACACACUCGAUCUGUCGGGUAACAGUCUGUCGGUGGUGCGGCGAGACCACUUCGUGACGGAGCUCCCCAUCCGGCGCCUCAGCCUGGACAAGGCCGGCGUGUCGGAGAUCGAGGAGGGCGCCCUGGAGGCCCUGGUCCGCCUGGAGAGCCUCAGCCUGCGGGACAACGAACUGCACGUGCUGCACCCAGACUUCCUGCAGCUGAUGCAGCUGCGCCACCUCGACCUUGCCGGCAACGCCCUCCGGGACGUGAACGCCACCAGCCUGGCGGGGCUGGCUAAUCUGGAGACCCUCGACCUGAGCCGCUGCAGCCUCGCCGAGCUGCCUGACGACCUGUUCGACUCCAGCAUGUCGCUGCGCAGCCUGAGCCUCGCCGGCAACAAGCUGACGCACCUCAAGCCCGCGGCUUUCGUGGGCCUCUCGGACCUGACGUACCUGGACCUAUCCGACAACAGUCUCAGCCUCAGCAGCUGCCGCGCCGUGCUGGCCGCGCCCCGCCUGCAGCAGCUGACCCUCAACGGCAACCCCACGCGGGAGCUGUGCCCGGGCCUGACUCAACUGCGGGCGCUGCGGGAGCUCCGUGCCGCCAACACCCUCAUGACGGAGGUACGACCCGACGCCCUCGCCGAGCUGAACCACCUCCACCUCCUCGACGUGUCCACCAACCUGCUGACGGAGGUGCCCGUCGGAAGCUUCCUGGGCUCCUCCCUCAAGACCCUCAGCCUCGCGGACAACCGCCUCGAGCAGCUGCCCGAUGCCCUCUUCCUGGACCUGCCGGCGGAGCUGCAGAGCCUCAACGUCUCGGGCAACCCGCUGCGGCGCCUGGCGGGGCCGAUGGUGCCGCGCGGCUCUACGUUGCCGGCACUGCAGCAGUUGGAGGCGGCGCGCACCAAUCUGACGGUGGUGACCAGCCUGGAGCUGUCCCACCUGCCGGGCCUGCGUUCCCUCACGCUGCGCGGCGGCCUCAUCGCCAAGGUGUCCCCCGGGGCCUUCAAGAGCCUCACGCAGCUCACACACCUCGACCUCGGCUUCAAUCAGCUCAAGGUGCUGCCGCCGGAGCGGCUCCGCGGCCUGGGCCAGUUGGCGCGCCUCAACCUCACGCGCAACAGGCUGGAGAAGCUCGACCAGCUGCCCGCCGAUGUGGCCAACCUCAAGGUGCUGGACGUGUCGGGCAACAUGCUGACGGAGCUGCGGGAGGGCACGCUGCGGCACGCCGCGACCCUGGAGGAGGUGAUCCUCGCCGACAACUGGCUGACGCAGAUCCACCCGAGCGCCUUCACGCACCUGCCGCGCCUCGCCGCCCUAGACCUGAGCCACAACAUGCUGGAGGCGCCGCGGCCGCAGGUGCUGCAGCCCGUGGAGCGGACCCUGCGGCGCCUAGCCCUGCACGGUAACCCCGUGCGAUGUACCUGUGAGGUGGUAGAGCUCUGGGCGUGGCUACUCAACCAUCCCGGGCAGGUGGAGAGGCCGAGCGAGAUCACCUGUGAGCUGCCCCAGUCCCUCACCGGGCGGCCCUUCCUGCUGGCGUCGGCGUCGGCGUUCUGUCCCCAGCCCGUGGUGCUGCGCCUCGCCAUCCAGGACAUCCAGAGCCAGUCGCUGCUCGUGUCCUGGCAGGCGACCAACUCCUCGGCGGUCUACGGCUUCAAGGUGACCUACAGGCCUGCUGAGGGGGGCGUCGCUGUGGCCUCACCUUCCCUUCCCCUUGCCUCGCGCACCUUCCUGCUGGAGGCGCUGCAGCCGAGCACCGAGUACCGGGUCUGCGUCCACGGCCUCACGCGCUCCCUCGCUACGCCGCACGCAGCCCCCCACGCCCGCCCACACGCGCGCGCACACACCGUCGCCGCGACCUACGACAAGGACGACGAGGAGGAAGAAGAGAACGAAGAUGAGGAGGAGGAAGAGGACGGGUUGCGGUGUACGAUAGCUCAAACUCUACCCCCGCCAGCAGCCCCCGCGACAGGCACCGCUGGGAGUCGCCUGGGGCUGAUCCUGGGGGCUACUCUUGCGGCGGCCUUGCUCCUGGGGCUGGUGGUGGCCCUGGUGUGGUACAGACGCUGCGGGCCGGGGCACAAACCGAGGGAUAAACGACCAAAUGGAGUCCCGCCGGAUUAUUACAGUGAGUACCAGGCGAGGAAUUCACACCCCCACCCACACCCGCCGCCCUACCGUGAUGACGAGUUCGCCUGCUAGACCCGUUGACCUAAUCUGACCUUUGUUGACCCCUACUGGUGACUGGAAGAACAGAUCACCGUACAAGUUGGAAGCAAACACGUCAACCCACAUCCGCCGCCCUACCGUGAUGACGAGUUGACCUAAUCUGACCUUUGUUGACCCCUACUGGUGACUGGAAGAACAGGUCACCGUACAAGUUGGAAGCAAACACGUCAACCCACAUCCGCCGCCCCACCGUGAUGACGAGUUCGCCUGCUAGACCCGGUGACCUGAACUGACCUUCCAUGACCUCUACUGAUGAUUGGUCGAGCUCUACUGGUGCCUGGUUGACUCUUACUGGUGGGUGGUAAACUGGUCGACCUGGCAAGCAAGGGAACACACACCAGAACCCACACAAACCACCCUCACGUAAUCACAAGUUCCCCUUCUUAACCUGGUGACCUAUAAAGAACUUCUUUGACCUCUACCGGUGACUCGACGAUCAAAACGCCGCGGAGAAGUAAAAAGAAUAAAAGAGGGUGCGAAGGAAGUACCGCUGCAAAAUAAAAGGUGCUAGAAUGUACCACUGUAAAAAAGACUUACAAGAGAAGGUACCACUGAAAAAAUAGGUUCAAAGAAAAGGUAUUAUUGGAAAAAGGCGCAAAGAAAGGGCACUACUGCAAAAAGGCGCAAAGAAAGGGCACUACUGCAAAAAGGCGCAAAAGGGAGUAAUAGAGGAUGCAAAAAUGGCAUCACUAUAAAAAAUCCGCCCGCGCUAACAUAAAUCGGGUCCAUUUUUCGACAGAGAGAGAGAGAGAGAGAGAGAGAGAGAGAGAGAGAGAGAGAGAGAGAGAGAGAGAGAGAGAGAACACCUUGAGAGCAGCCAACCCGCACAGCGCCCACACCCAAGGACGCGGCGAAGUAUGACGGAGGAAAAAGAAAAAAAAAGAAGAGGAGGAAAGUGGUAGAGGGAAGUGGAAGAGGAGGAAAAAGAAAAAAAAAAGGAGGGCGCAGCGUGUGAUGUGAACCAGAAACAAACACAAGCGCACACACACACACACACACACACACACACACACAAGCGGACGGGGACGCUGAGUGUGUGUGUGUGUGUGUGUGUGUGUGUGUGUGUGUGUGUGUGUGACGCGACAGGCAAAACAGGACUCACAAAAACGACUUGCGAAUUGAGGAAGCUUUGAUUACAGGAAGUCGCAGGUAAGAGGGUUGGAUUCCCCUUCGAAAGACGCCUGAAUCGAGUUUACCUGAGUGUACCUGCGUAAGUGAACCUAUAUGUCCCCCACCACCACCACCACCACCACCGCCUUACUGUACCUUUCCCCUCCUAACCUAACCUAACCUGACCUGACAUUACGGUACACUGGUGGUGGUGGUGGUGGUGAUGGUGAUGAACAGUGGCAUCCAGAUAAUACAGUGAAGGUGAUGGUGAUUGUGACUUUGAUGAUAAUGGUGAGGUGAGUCUCCGUGGUGAUGGUGAUGAUGGUGGUGAUGGUGAUAGUCGUAAACAGUGCCUGAGAAAUGGUGAUGAAAUGUAUAGUGAUGAUAAUAGUGGUUGUGGUGAUGUAUAGUGAUGAUGGUGAUGAAAAAGAUGGUGCUGAUAAUAAUGGUGAUGACUUCAGUGAAUCUGGUGGUGACGAAGGUGAUGAAGAUGGUGAACAAUAGUGAUGAUGACGGUGAAUGUGAUGAUGAUACUGUCUGGUGGUGAGAGAGAGAAAAAAGAAAACACACUCAACACCAUCUAGUCAAACACACAGACAAACAGACAAACAAACAAACAAACACACGAAGAGAGAAAAAAAAAACAA